AUGGCACCGAUCAAGCGGAAGGGGAAUGCCCCUGAAGAGACAAAUACUCGGCAACCGCAGAAGCGCGCCAAAGUUGGAGCAGAGGAUCGCAAAGCAGAGUCCAAGCCAAGAGAUACGGCUCCCCAAGCUUCGGAGCUCUCUGUCCUGCGCGACGAUGAGCCGUCUUUCCCUCGUGGCGGGGGCAGCGUUUUGACUCCAUUGGAACGAAAACAAAUUCAGAUCCAAGCCAACAAGGAUGUGCUGUUUGAACAAAAGGGCGUGAAAAAGCCCACCCGUGAAUUUGUCAAUGAAAAUGACGAUGAUGAAGACGAAGACGUCGAAAUGGAGGAUGCGGACGCAAAUGCGAGUGCUAAGAAAUCUCGAAAGAAGAAAUCUAAAGCCAAAAAGUCUGCAAGCAAGGAUUCCUCCGAGAAGGAAGGUGUGCGAAUUGAAGGUCUCAGCUACAAGCGCAUUGUACCGGGAUCUAUGAUUCUUGGACAGGUCUCUGCAAUCACCGCUCACGACAUCGCCAUCUCAUUGCCCAACAACCUUGUUGGCUACGUACCUCUCACAUCAGUCUCAAAAGUUCUGGACGACAAGAUCGAAAAGAUGCUGAACGACGACAAUGACGACGAUGAGAGCUCCGAUGAAGAGAUUUUCGACCUCAAGGAGCACUUCUAUAUUGGCCAGUAUCUUCGGGCAUAUGUCACUUCGACAGGCACCGAGGCCACUGAGGCAGGAAGCCGCAGCAAGAAACGUCUCGAGCUGUCCAUUGAUCCGCGGCAGGCCAACUCGGGACUCUCGAAAACAGACCUUGUGGUGGAGACGGCCGUGCAGGCUGCGGUCGUGAGUGUCGAAGAUCACGGUGUGGUUAUGGAUCUCGGUAUCGAGGGCAGUGACUUAAAGGGUUUCAUGUCUUCCAAGGAAGUCGAUCCUCGUGUGGAGUACUCAAGUCUCAAGGAGGGCUCGGUCUUUCUCUGCAUGGUCACCGGCCACAAUGCCAGCGGAAACGUCAUCAAACUUUCCGCCAAAUUUCAAUCGUCCGCUUCGAUCAAAAAUUCACACUUCCUCAGCGCCGCGCCAACCAUCAACUCCUUCCUUCCUGGUGUUGCCGCUGAGAUUCUAUUGACCGAGGUCACCCCCGAUGGAAUGGCCGGAAAGAUCAUGGGCAUGCUUGACACAGUCGUCGAUUUGGUGCAAUCUGGUGCAGAUGACGGUAAGCUGGACAUUGAGCGCAAGUGGAAAAUGGGAGCCAAGAUCAAGGGCCGCAUCAUUUCGACCUUCCCCAGCUCAGAGCCGUUCAAACUCGGCUUUUCUCUGCUUGACCAUGUUAUGAAAAUGUCCUCCGAUUCUCGCGGUCCGGGCUCAUCUGACGAGGCACCUGCGGUAUCUGCUAUCGUCCCCGAGGUCACGAUUGUGAAGAUGGACCCCAGUGGUAUGGGUUUGUACGCUCGAAUUGGGGACUCAAAGCAUAUUGGAUUCGUGCACAUUUCUAGACUCUCGGAUGGCAAGAUUGAGUCUCUUUCGCCUGAAACAGGUGCUUACAGGGUUGGAUCCACACACGAAGCCCGCAUUGUAGGAUACAACAUGAUCGACAAUCUUUACCUUUUGUCCUUUGAGAAGUCCGUCAUUGAGCAGCCUUUCCUGCGCAUUGAGGACGUCAAUGUUGGAGCUAUCGUCAAGGCGAAGGUAGAGAAGCUUCUGGUUGGCGCCACGGGAAUGGAUGGUAUUAUAGUCAGCCUCGCUGAUGGUAUUUCCGGACUUGUGCCUUCGAUGCACUUUGCCGACACUCAACUCCAGUUUCCAGAGAAGAAGUUCCGUGUGGGCCAGAAGAUUUCGGCUCGUAUCCUCUCCGUCAACCUUGACAAGCGCCAGAUUCGCCUGACCCUGAAGAAGAGUCUUUUGAACAGUGAAUCUGCCAUUUGGAAGGAUUACAAGGAUAUCAUGGCUGGCGCUCAGUCUCCGGGAACUAUUGUCAACCUGCAGCCUCACGGUGCCGUCAUUCAAUUCUAUGGCACUGUGCGUGGUUUCCUGCCAGUUUCAGAGAUGAGCUCGGCUUUCAUUAAGGAUCCGACUGAGCAUUUCCGAUUGGGUCAGGUUGUGAACGUUCAUGCGCUGAGUGUAGAUGCUGCUCAAGGCCGACUUGCCGUUUCGUGCAAGGACCCCUCUACGUUCAGUGAGAAAUACGGCCAAGCGUUCGAGGAUAUCAAACCUGGUCUGCUCGUCUCUGGCACAGUUUUUGAGGAGUCUGGCGACGAUCUGCUUCUCAAGCUCGAGGACACAGAUCUGGUUGCCCGUCUUGAUGUACAGCACAUCGUUGACGGCUCGCCAUCCAAACAAACCUCAACUCUGUCAAAAAUUCGUGUUGGCCAAAAGCUCAAUGAUCUCUUGGUUCUUGACACACAGCGAGCUCAUCGUUUGAUCCGGGUCUCUAGCAGGGCCAGCUUAAAGAAGUCUGCGAAGCAGGGAAACAUGCCUAGCACUUUCCUGGAUGUGAAGGAGAAUUCCAGCGUGACUGGAUUUGUUCGCAAUAUUGCGCCAGCGGGUCUUUUCGUUGAAUUCCUGGGUGGUCUGACCGGUCUGGUUCCCAAGCGACUCAUUGAGGAGGCAAACCUUGCGAAGCCUCAGUUUGGGCUGUCCAAGGGGUCAACAAUUACUGUGCGUGUUCACGAAGUCGACGCUGACUUCCAGCGCUUCAUUCUCUCCCAGAAGGCUGCAGAUGCCUCAAGCGCUCCUUCGAAGAAGAUCAAGGAGCCUGUGCAGACAGAUGAUGUUCUUGCCAACUCCGUUGACUCAGAGAUCAAGACGAUGUCCGAUAUCUCCUAUGGUCGGAUUGUUAAAUGCAAGGUUGUAUCUGUGAAGGCUACGCAAAUCAACGUGCAGUUGGCGGACAAUAUCCAAGGCCGUAUCGAUGUGUCGGAGAUUUUCGACAAGUGGGAGGAAAUCAAGGACCGAAAGCAGCCUUUGCGAUUCUUCAAGGCGAAGCAGCUCCUCUCCGCUCGCGUGCUGGGUGUCCAUGAUGCUCGCAACCACAAGUUCCUCCCCAUCUCCCAUCGCAGCGGCAAAUAUCCGGUCUUUGAGCUGUCUCUCAAGCCCAGCUUCAUGAAUGCUGCUCAUCCCGAACCUCUGAAUAUGGAACAAAUCAAGGCGGGCUCGUCAUGGAUGGGCUUCGUGAACAAUAUUGCUGACGACUGCCUUUGGAUCAACUUGUCCCCUAAUGUGCGUGGCAGAUUGCGCUUCAUGGACGCUUCUGACGAUCUGUCACUUCUGACCGAUGUGGAAAAGAAUUUCCCUAUCGGCUCAGCUCUGAAAGUGCAGGUCACCGCGGUCAAUGCUGGAAAGGGUCACUUGGACCUUUCUGCGAAGCAUGGCUUCGAUAAGCUUUCAUUUGGAGACGUCUCCCCAGGCAUGAUCUUGGCCGGUCGUGUGACCAAGAUUACCGAUAAGCAGAUCAUCAUGCAGCUCGGCGAAGCUCUCGUUGGCGCAGUCAAUCUUAUUGACAUGGCUGAUGAUUACUCCAAGGCCGAUCCGAGCGUCUACCACAAGAAUGAGGUGCUGCGCGCUUGUGUCGUUGCUGUCGAGAAGGCUAGAAAGAAGAUCUCUCUGUCUCUUCGUCCCUCAAAGAUUUUGAGCUCUUCAUUGCCAGUACAAGAUCGCGAGACCUCAUCUAUCAGUGACAUCAAGGUCAACGAUGUGGUUCGCGGAUUCGUGAAGCGUAUCACUGAUGCUGGUCUGUUCGUCACUGUUGGCCAUGACGUUACUGCCUACGUGCGAGUGUCGGAACUAUCAGACUCUUAUCUCAAGGAAUGGAAAGAUUCCUUCCAGACCGAUCAGCUUGUCAAGGGCCGUGUCACACUCGUCGAUGUAGAGCAGAACAAGUUGCAAAUGAGCUUGAAGGACUCGGUGCUUGACCCUGAUUUCAAGGCUCCUCUGACGAUCCGCGAUCUUAGGGUUGGUCAAAUCGUUACCGGCAAAAUCCGCAAGGUUGAAGAAUUCGGCGCCUUCAUUGUCAUCGAUCGCUCGGCCAACGUGAGCGGUCUCUGCCAUCGCAGCGAGAUGGCUGACAAGCGUGUCGAGGAUGCCCGCACUCUGUAUGACGAAGGAGAUGCUGUCAAGGCCAAGAUUGUCAAAAUUGACACCGAAUCUGGCAAAAUCUCUUUCUCGCUCAAGGCUUCUCACUUCCGGGGCGAGGCGGACGAGAGCAGUGAUGACGAGGACGCAGAGGAUGAGGCUGGCGGCGUUGAGCUCGAAGGCAACGACAGUGACGAUGAGGAUGAUGACCUCUCCAUGGGCGGUGUUGAAGUCGAGAACGACAGUGAUGAGGAUGAGAACGAUAGUGACGAAGACAGUGAUGAGGAAGAGCCUGCGAACGGUCCUACCAAGGAAGGCGGACUUGGCGCAAGUGGUUUCGACUGGAGCGGCAACGUUCAGGGUGAGGACGUGACCAUGGCCGAUUCUGACAGCGAUGAAGAUGAGGAGCAACAGAAGAAGAAAAGGAAGAAGAGCAAGCCGGAGAUUCAGGUUGACCGUACCGGCGAUCUGGAUGCGAAUGGUCCUCAAACCGUUGCAGACUACGAGCGACUUCUUCUUGGUGAGCCGGACUCGUCGCUGCUCUGGUUACAGUACAUGGCCUUCCAGCUCGAGCUGGGUGAGGUUGAAAAGGCCCGGACUAUUGCCGAGCGUGCCUUGCGUACGAUCACCAUGGGUCAGGAUUCCGAGAAGCUCAACAUUUGGGUUGCACUUCUUAACCUCGAAAACACCUACGGUAACGACGACAGCCUCGAAGAAGUGUUCAAGCGCGCUUGCCAGUACAAUGAGCCACAAGAAAUGUAUGACCGCAUGAUCAGCAUCUACAUUCAAUCCGGCAAGAACGAGAAAGCGGAUGAUCUCUUCCGAAAUGCCAUGAAGAAGAAGAUUGGCACUCAAUCCCCCAAGUUCUUCUUGAACUACGCCAGCUUCCUUUUCGAUUCGUUGGCCGCUCCAGAGCGUGCUCGCGGUCUACUACCGCGUGCUCUUCAGUCACUGCCAGCACACACUCACGUUGAGACGACAUCCAAGUUCGCUCAGCUGGAGUUCCGGUCCGCCAAUGGCGACGUUGAGCGUGGUCGUACUGUCUUCGAAGGCCUGCUCUCCUCAUUCCCCAAGCGUAUCGACUUGUGGAACAUCCUGAUCGAUCUUGAGAUCAAGGCCGGUGAUGCUGAGCAGGUGCGCCGCCUGUUCGAGCGCGUCCUUGGACUUCAGCACAAGAAGGGAUCUGUUACCAUUGAUCCCAGCAAGAAGGUCAAACCCAAACAGGCGCGAUUCCUCUUCAAGAAGUGGCUUGCCUUUGAGGAGAAGUUGGUCGCUGAGGGUGGAGACGAGAAGAUGGUUGAAGAGACCAAGGCUCGGGCCGCGGCCUAUGUGAAGUCUCUGCAGGAGGCUGAGUAG